AUGCCCCAGCUAUUACCACACAACCGCGAACCCCUCAACUCGUACCCUCGAGCCAACGUUGCCAGCGAACAAGAUCUUGCUUUUCUCAACGACAUCACAGAAUCUCUAUUCUCCUCUCGAAUUCUCCACUCGGCCGUAUAUCCUACCACACUGUUGACUCUCCGGAAGCGGAAUCUUCCUGGCUGGCUACAUCAUCGAUUCAUAGGGGCUAUGGUUCAUAUCAUAAGAAAACGCCUUACACGUUACGCUUUCUCCCUUCUCUCAACAACCACGGACGAUAAUUAG